GAUCAAUUGUUUUUUUAACCCUUUAUAUUUUUGGGGAGGGAAAAUUUGUUUCCAACUACUUUAGCCUUUUUUUUUCCAGCCUGUGCUUUUGUUCAGGCUGUGCUUUUGUUGAGCAGGAUUUCGUUUCUUUGCUGCCGUUGCUCGUUACUAGUUCCAAAGUGUGAUUUUUUUUAAAUUGCUGAUUUGUGUUCCCAAGCUUUGGCGACUUGGAGGACAUAGUGAAGGAGCACUCACAGCGAGGAAAUAAUUUUACAAGUGGUUUCAUGUGUAGCAUGGUGAUGGAAGCGAGGAUGCGCAAUAUACCCUGAGGAUCUCUGGAGUGAUUAACUAUGUUUUUAGCCCAAUUUGGAAUUAGGUUGAUUUUGGUGGAGUGCGAUUGAGGGAUGUGGUUGUCGAGGGUUUUGAAGUUGAGAUGUCAUGCGGGAUGGGAAUGCUCAUGGUGGUAGCGAUCUCCUAGGGGUUUUCAGUGCGAGGCUGGAGAGCCGGAUGUGGGUCUCUCGCGACGGAGAGGGGCUUCCAAUGCAAUUCUGUGAAGCAUGUAGUGAAGCGGGUGCUUCCAGCAAAUUUUUGAUAUCACAGAACUUGUUAGUACGUAAUUUCGCCUCUUCACUUGCAGGCUGAUGGAGAUGGGGUUCUUUUACAUAAUCUAGUUUUACUAAGAACAGGCAGCAGAAACUGACAGACGCGGCUAGGGCAUUCAAUCUAUCAACAUGCUAACUAAUGCUCCAAGUGAAAAUGGAGAGGGUGGGUGUAAGGUACUUGGUAGGGUUAAGCUUGUGGAGUUGUUGCCAGAAGAUGGUGCAGCCUCUGGAGUGUACACACGUGCGGUUGAGGAGUUGUCCCUCUCCUUGGCACGCUACAAUGCUGCAAUUAUUGAAUUAAACGGAGAAGAUACAGCUCUUGUGCGCUGUGCGCUCGACUCCGCGAAGCUUUAUUUUCGCAGUCGGAAGUCGAAUAGCCCUUCGUGGAACCCCUCAGAUUGGCUCAAUCUCUCGGGCUAUUUGGCUGCACCUACGAAGGAGAUGUACUUUUAUCGGGCCGGAAGAUCUCCGGAAGGCACAGCUUUGGAGCCGCCACCACCAUGCAUGCCUGAGGUCUUCCGAUGUUUUGGAAAGACGUCAAGAGCUUCUUUGAGUGCGAUUGCGCAUUACCUUAGGCUUCGUGGAGAUGCAUUUGGUCAGCUCCUCGAUGACCUCCCUCUUGUGAAGGGAGAAAUUUCCUCGUCUGUGCUAACAGCCACAGCAUUUCACACUUCGGGAUCAGGUGAUAAAUCAGUUAUAGGAUAUUCCGGCACUCCCGAUGAAGUGGAGAAAGGCCUGUUGUCAUUGAUUGCAUCUGACACUCCUGGUUUGCAGGUGAAGGAUCCAAAUGGCCAUUGGUACCUGGCUGAUACUGCCAUGGGUCCAGGGGAUCUACUGUUGAUUACAGGGAAGACAUUAGAACAAGCCACGGCUGGUGUUCGAAAGGCUGGUUUGUUUCGCGUGGUACCUGCAUCUUCACCUGCCAUUGUUUCUUCCUCUUACAGAACAACUCUAGCUUUUCGGCUGAUGCCUCGCAUGAGUGCAACCAUUGACUGCAAGGCAGUAACAGAUGCUGGUCAUGUCGUUCCCAAAGGGCAUGGACCCGUCCCGGUGAAAACGUUUCUCGAAACUUUGGAGGCUGCUGAGAAGGCUCAUGCGAAUGGUGUGGAUUCUAAAAUUGAAGCAGCAAAUGGAGAGACUACGUUGCGGAGCACCCUACUUGAUCCUCUUACUGGCUCUUUUCUGGAAGACGCGAUGGCAUCCGUGUGUGGCCAUUCAUAUGGUGGUGGGACUCUUCAAAGAGUUUAUGCUUCGAUGCUAUGUGCAACUUGUGGUGCAGCAGUAACAAAUGAUUCCUUAGUUGAAAACCUGGCCUUACGAGCGGCCGUUGCUGCCUUCAAACGCGAGGAACAAAGAAAGCAAGAAGAAAGUAAGCAGGUGGACGUAGUACCUUUACGGAGUAAGCGAAGGAGAGAAUCUGGAGAACUACUUAAACUCACAAAAUUCAGAAAAUCUGAUAAGGAUUCACCGCCAUCAGCGGAGAAGGAUGGAAGUCCUCAGCCUGGCAGCCAAGCGAAGCUACAAGUUGUACUUCCAUUUGCUGUAGAUGAAAAAGUCCUGAUCAUGGGAAACAAGCGGACGCCAGAAAAGCUUGUUGGGAGGGAAGCUUCUAUCAUUUCUCAAUGUUUGAACGGCUGGUAUCUGGUUCGUCUUUUAGACAACGGAGAGAGUGUGCGCCUUCAAUAUCGGUCUCUGGCCAGGACUAGUGGAGACAAGAACCCAAUUGCAAGCGACGAUGCUCCUACUCCUGUUCCAGCAAAACAAGAACCUUGAUACGGGUUUCCAUUAAGUUUCAGUAGGUGAUUGACGUUAGAAGGUCCCUUGCAUGCGGUAGUCUCGGAGGAAGCGUGGAGGCAUGUAUUAAGCAUUUCCAAAUUGUAGUGUCCAUUGAUUUGGAAAUUUUCUGAUCAUUUCACAGUUUGGUUAAGAAAAUGAUUAUCAAGGCUGCAAUUUAGUUGAUCAGUGUUUGUAGCAAUGUUUUGUUAGCUGGGUUAUUUGACAGGCGUGAGAGUGAUCGAAUUGUUUUUGUUGUACUUGUUUAAUCGCCCCAUUUCUUGAUCGCAUAUCCCUGCCAAGGUUAAUGGUUAAGGAACAAAUUCUCGUGUAUUCCAGAUAGCUUUCACUUCAUCAGGAUUACCUUGAAAAUACUCAUUUCAUUCAACAUGGUGACAUCUAUGGUAGAAUGAGGUUGAUUUAGUAGCGUGGUGACCAAUGCCGGAAACAUUGUAAGUUGGUCAAGAAAACAUUAUCGCAUUUUUUGUGUUAUUUA